CCCCCUCCCUUUUUCUGAAUGGGGUCUCCUCGGUGGAAGAGGCUAUGCCUUUUUUUGCUGCUAGGGCUAACUUUUUCUGUCAUCCUCUAUGGGCAUUACACCACCACUCUGGAUUCUUCCACGGGUCCCAGGAUCGCGUCUAGAGGGAACCCAACCAAAGAAUCAUUUCAGCAUGAAAAUAUGAAUCCUACUAAGAAGAAGUCUAGUUUGUGCCACUGGUUAUUAAAGUCCAAAGUGAAGAUGGACCCCAUAUUUGGGAAGCAAUUUGAUUUUGACAUUCCAGUACUGAUAUGGGAGCAGCACUUCACCCCAGAGACUUGGGACAGACUGAAGGAACACAACGCCCCCUAUGGCUGGCGGGGGUUGUCAUAUGGAGUUAUUGCUUCCACAGUGCGGCUCCUCAAUGACUCCGCCAACGGUAGGCUCUUUGCCAAGACCACGCCCCCCAACAGCUGCAUCCGCUGUGCUGUGGUGGGCAAUGGGGGAAUUCUGAAUGGAUCCCGCCAAGGCAAGAACAUAGAUGCUCAUGACUUUGUCUUCAGGCUCAACGGGGCAGUGAUCAAAGGCUUUGAGGAAGAUGUUGGGACAAAGACCUCCUUUUACGGUUUCACAGUAAACACCAUGAAGAAUUCUCUUAUUGCUUAUGCAGAAUAUGGCUUCACCCAGAUACCACAGGGCAAGGAUGUAUGGUACAUUUUCAUUCCCUCAGAUAUACGUGAUUACCUCAUGAUCAAAUCUGCUGUGUUGGGCAUCCCUGUUUCAGAAGGUUAUGACAAAGGCGAUGAGCCACAGAAAUACUUCGGCUCUGAAGCAUCUGUAGGCAAGUUCAAGCUGCUGCACCCAGAAUUCCUGCACUAUCUAACAGAGAGGUUUUUAAGAUCUGAAAUAAUGAACACCCAAUUUGGGCAUCUCUACAUGCCCAGCACUGGUGCCCUUAUGCUUCUAACAGCUCUGCACACCUGUGACCAGGUCAGUGCCUAUGGAUUCAUCACAGAGAACUACAGGAAGUUCUCCGACCACUAUUAUGACAGCGAGAAAAAGCCCUUGGUGUUCUAUGCCAACCAUGACAUGCUGUUAGAGUCGGAGCUGUGGAAGCGCUUGCACCGGAUUGGCAUCAUGAAGCUGUAUCAGCAAUGAAGUGGGCACCUGCUCUUCGUUGUCUAAGUGUGAAAACUUUCCUGUUCCACAGGAGUCCUUUGGCUGUAGGUCAUGAGUGGAACUGAGAACUGUAGCAGCUGUUUGCCCUGUCAGAAGAAAGAUCUAUCUAUGGCUAACAGUCAGCAAACUCCAGAGACACUGCUGUAGAAUCACCAUUGCCACCUCUUUGGCUUAAAAAAGCUGGGGCUAGCUAGAUGAUAACGAAACAGACAUAAUUGUAGCAGCUCAGCUGCUGCUCACCUACUUUCAAUUAUGCUUUUUCUAGAAGUGAGAUGAUCGGUCUUCACAGAAUAAUGUCUUGACCUAGUACGGUAGUUCCUGGCAUCGUUCCAGCCCUCCUCCUAGCCGACAGAACUCACUGUUAAAUGGGGCAAAGGAUCCUGGAGCACACUGCAUUUGCCCAGAGCCCAAUACUGUCCCCAUGGUGACAGCCACAGAACAUUGCUUUUGUGUGCUAAGAAUGCAGCAAACCAAUGGUUGGGUGACAAAGCCUCAGAAAGUUCUCUCUAAAGCAGCCAGCUGAGUAUUAUGACCCUACUGUGGGUCAACAAGCUCGGACAUGGGAACUGUGUGUGAGAGAGAUAAAGAGAAGCACUAAGCUGUUCUAGGCACAAAUGACAGAAUGUGUACCGAAGAGAGAGCCUGAUACUUUUGUCCCAAUUGUAUGGGGAAAACUUCUUUGUGCCCCUUCUUUUAUACACUGUGGUGGUUUUCAGUAGCAGAGGGGACCCUCCUUUUUCUACAAUCCAGAUUGCAACUCCGUCCUUUAAGUUCACCGUAGUGUUAUAUAAAUAUAGGUGGAUCAUGUGAAACUUUCUCCUUGCUGGUUCAUGAGGUAGUCUCCCCCUGACGAGUACUGGGCUAAACAUCUUCAUUCUACAUUGGCAACUUACCCACCCGCACUGUCUGGGGUCCAGCUCAGUCUUGAGGAAUCACUUUAUGAAUACUAAACCUGCCUGGCUAGGAGUCACAAAGUUUCUGCUUACACAGUGAUAAAUAGGGCAGUCCCUCCCACAUCAUGUAGGACAGCUAGCCACAGGGGGUUGAGUGACUAGUGUAGGGCUGUGUAUAUAAAACGUGCACUGAAAAAAAGAGUUUGCCAAGAAAAAUUGAACUGUGUGUAAAUUGUAAACGUUUGUAUAAAUCAUGCAAACUAAAUAAAAUUGCCUACGUUUGUA